AUUUUAACCCAAAAAAUAGGUAACUUCUAUUUACAGUGUGGGAAACAUUGCUACCAACGCAAAUAUCCAAAUGUAAUUUUUCCUAUUCCUUUUCCGAAUAAAAUUUAGUGGAACGACAUGGCGAAUUUGAAAACUGUCCAUUCAAUUAAAAACAAGCUUGUUGGAAAAGAUGCUAAAGACGAGAUGACCAAAAAGCAAGUUCUACGAGGCAAACAUACUCAGAAAAAGAAGAAGGAGUAUCUUCAUUUUGGUGUUGACUGUACAAACAUUGCAGAAGACAACAUAAUGGACGUUGCUGAUUUCGAAAAGUAUCUUAGCGAACGCUUCAAGGUCAACGGCAAGAUCGGAAAUCUUGGGAAUAACGUACAUUUUGAGCGCCAGAAAAUGAAAGUGUACAUCAAUUCAGAUGUUCAUUAUUCAAAACGCUACUUGAAGUAUUUGACCAAAAAGUACUUGAAAAAAAACAGCUUGCGAGAUUGGAUUCGUGUCGUGUCUAACGACAAAGAUUUGUACGAACUGCGUUAUUUCAGAAUAAGCUCAAAUGAUGACGAAGAAGAAGAUAACGAAUGAAUGCGUCGGCGAUCAUAGCCAAUAUUUCAAUAAAUGUUAAAAAGCA